AUGUCCGGGGAGAGCGCGGGGCCCGGGCCGGGGUCCGAGGCGGGCCCGCGGUGCCCGCAGCACGGCCGCGCGCUCAGCUGGUUCUGCGGCUCCGAGCGCCGGCCCGUGUGCGCCGCCUGCGUCGGGCUGGGCGGCCGCUGCCAGGGCCACCGCGUCCGGCCGGCCGGGGAGCACGCGGACGAGCUGCGGAACAAGAUCGUGGACCAGUGUGAGCGGCUGCAACUGCAGAGUGCCGGCAUCACCAAAUACGUGGCUGAGGUCUUGCCAGAAAAAAACCAGAGAGCUGUGAGCACAGCCAGUGCGGCACGGGAGCUGGUCAUCCAGCGGCUGGGGCUCGUGCGGAGCCUGUGUGAGAGUGAGGAGCAGAGGCUGCUGGAAGAGGUGCAUGGGGAGGAGGAGCGGGCCAACCAGAGCAUCCUGACGCAGCGCGUCCACUGGGCUGAGGCCCUGCAGAAGCUCGAUGCCAUCCGCAGUGGCCUGGUGGACAUGCUCACCCAUCUGGACGACCUCCAGCUGAUCCAGAAGGAGGAGGAGAUUUUUGAGCGGACCGAAGCAGCUGAGGGUAUUUUGGAUCCCCAAGAAUCGGAGAAGUUGAACUUCAAUGAGAAGUGCACUCGGAGUCCGCUGCUGACUCAGCUCUGGGUGACGGCUGUCCUGGGGUCCCUCUCAGGCACAGAGGACGUGCGCAUUGACGAGAGGACGGCCAGCCCGCUGCUGCAGCUGUCAGCCGACCGGAAGACCCUGACCUUCAGCGCCAAGAGGUCCAGGGCGUGCGUGGACGGCCCGCAGCGCUUCGACCACUGGCCCAACGCCCUGGCGGCCACCGCCUUCCAGGCCGGCCUGCACGCCUGGACGGUGGACGUGCGGGACAGCUGCGCCUACAAGGUGGGCGUGGCCCUGGGCCAGCUGCCGCGCAAGGGCCCGGGCAGCGACGCGCGGCUGGGCCACAACGCCUUCUCCUGGGUCUUCUCCCGCUACGGCCAGGAGUUCCGCUUCUCGCACGGCGGCCAGCACGAGCCCCUGGGGCUGCUGCGCCCCCCGGCCCGGCUCGGGGUGCUGCUGGACCUGCAGGCGCAGGAGCUGCUCUUCUACGAGGCGGCCUCGGGCGCGCUGCUGCACGCCCACCGCGCCGCCUUCCCGGGGCCGCUCUUCCCGGUCUUCGCGGUGGCUGACCAGGCCAUCUCCAUCGCCCGCUGAGCCCGCC